AUGGAAGACCCGGUCGUUGAUCUGGUCAGUUUGGUCAGCCAGGCACUGCCAAAGACCACACAGGACCCAUUUUGUGCUCAAAACUUUCCGAAUGAUGUUAAAGACCGCAUCAACGCUUUGAAGGCCCUUUACAAUCGGAGAGCUACAAUUCACUUGGAGUUUCAGAAGGAGUUGUAUGCGCUUGAGUACAAAUACUCGAAGUUGUAUUCAACCGUUUGUCAGCAGAUGUUCUACGGCAUUUACAUAUGCAUGAGAUUUCACCACUCCCUUCUCACUGUCGGUGUGGUUAUUUUGCCAAAAUUAGUUUGUCGAAACCCAAUUAAGUGGUUGUUUGCUUUUCAAGGUAGAGGAAUACCAAAUUACUGGGUAACGGUUCUGAAGGCUGCUCCCUUGCUUAGCAUCUACUUGACCAAACACGACCUUGACAUUCUCAAGUACCUGGCUGACAUCAGGUGUUCCUACUCGAAGAAGCUUUCCAGUCCUGGUUUCCGAUUGUUGUUUCUGUUUGAGAAGAAUCCCUUCUUCAAGAACGUCAUCCUGAUGAAGCAGUUUUCACUGGAAUUUUUCAGUCAAGCCGAGGACCUGCAGGAAUUCGGUCCCUUCAAAGUGACAGCAACCAAAACCCUGGAUAUCGAAUGGACUUGCUCACGAUCCACGACGGAUGAUUCGCUCUCAACACAAAGAGGCUCAUUCUUCGACAUAUUUCGCGAUAUCCACCCAACAUCAAAUGAAUCGCCCGAGUACUCGCAACUGAUGGAGGACUACGAUAUUUGCGUCUACAUACGUGACCGAAUUUUGCCCUACUCCGUGUACUGGUACACUGGCGAGAUGAUCUCCGGCUAG